CUCCCCGGACCCUGCAUUCACUAUAUCCGCUCUCCCCGGACCCUGCAUUCACUAUAUCCAGUCUCCCUGACCCUGCAUUCACUAUAUCCGCUCUCCCCGGACCCCGCAUUAACUAUAUCCGGUCUCCCUGGACCCUGCAUUCACUAUAUCCGCUCUCCCUGGACCCUGCAUUCACUAUAUCCGCUCUCCCUGGACCCCGCAUUCACUAUAUCCGCUCUCCCCGGACCCUGCAUUCACUAUAUCCGCUCUCCCCGGACCCUGCAUUCACUAUAUCCGGUCUCCCCGGACCCUGCAUUCACUAUAUCCGGUCUCCCCGGACCCUGCAUUCACUAUAUCUGGUCUCCCUGGACCCUGCAUUCACUAUAUCCGGUCUCCCCGGACCCUGCAUUCACUAUAUCCGGUCUCCCCGGACCCCGCAUUCACUAUAUCCGGUCUCCCCCGGACCCCGCAUUCACUAUAUCUGCUCUCCCCGAACCCUGCAUUCACUAUAUCCGCUCUCCCCGGACCCUGCAUUCACUAUAUCCAGUCUCC